AUGGCGUAUCUUCCAAAAGAAGCCCUCAUCUUAACGGGAGGCUGUUACUGCCAGGCCAUUCGCUACACAAUCAACGUCCCAGCAUGGGAUCAUCGGCCGCCCAUUCCUGACGCCUUAGAGACUCCAAUCUCAGCCACUGAAAGAAUACAGACGCGGAUGCCCCUCGUCGAUAUUGAUCAUUGCAACACCUGUCGACAGGUCUCUGGUGCCGUGGUUCAGUGCUGGUUUAUUAGUCCCGUGGGUUGGGUUGAAUGGGAUUUGCUUCCGAAAGAGGGAACCACGAGCCAUAUGACUGGCGACAAGAGAGCCGACCAAACCAUUCAUCUCUCUACGAUCGAAGCUGUGGGACCACUCCGGGAAGAUGGCACCUCACCUUCGACGUAUGUCGCCCGAUUUUGCUGCACGGACAGAGCAACCCGGACCUUCUGUUCUCGCUGCGGGACCAAUUUGACCUAUCUCUCGCACAAGCGCAUGAAUACUCCCAUGGCAUUUGUCGAUGUCACUGUUGGGAGCCUUGACAGGGAAAGUCUCAAACUGGCAAAGGCGGACCGACAUGGUUGGUGGGACUUUGGCAUGGACUGGGUCAAAUCUCUCUUGAGGAAUGGUGAUGGAGGAUUCAUGAUCAGGCAUCAUACAGGCGAUGUCACCAAAGCUGUGGAAGACUGA